AUGACAAAAACUACAGCAGCCGAUGAAAUAUUCUCGGAUGAAUCAAGCUUCUACGGCGACGACGAUGAAAAGGCCCAACUAGAAGGCCAAGUCUCAUCCUACGACCCAGAGCCAUUCUGGGUAGAAACACAUCAGAAGCUGCUCUCAACCAUCCAGCAGCAACUGCGCGCGCCCGCUCCACGCGCAAAGGCGACAUCAUCCGACGUGUCUAUGGAUGAUACAUCCCCAGAACCAUCCAGCGUGGAGUGUAACCAACGCGGGAAGGCCGAGCCUACAGCUCGGUUUUUAUCGCGUCUUCCGCCUUCAACGACUGACUCCGCAAGCGCAGGCCCCUGGAUCUGGAUGUACAAUCCGCAUGUGCUGCCGCCGCGAAGUGGUGAUGUUCCCACCCUGCUUAGGAAAGGCAGGGAGCUUCUGCAGGAGUACGAGAAUGAGAGUGCUGUCCUGCGCGAAGCGCAUGAUAAGUCUGGUGCGAAGACUACGGCCGCUCUGACUCGUAAGCUGAAUCCAAUGCGGAAGGAGCUUGAGAGGGGAAUUCUUGAUCUGGCGAGGGAGACGGGUGUUACGGAAGGGAAGUGGAUGCUUUUUCCGACUGUUGAUCGGGUUGAUGAGUUCUGGGGGCUUGUUGUUCGGGCGAUGGAGAAGGGAGAGCUUGGGGAUGUGGCGAAAGUUGCUACUGAUGAUGGGUCUGGCUCUGGACAGAGUCGGUUGAUUUGUGUUUAUACGACUGAUUUUGGGGAUUUUGAUGAUGUUAAGCGGGUUGUGAGUAGGUUGGCUGAGAUUGGGCUUGUUGGGAAGGGGCCAAAGUCUGUUUACUACAAGGCCGAUGCGUUUACUCAUCUGGAGAUUAACUCUAAGAAUGAGUAUGGGCUGAAAGCGAGUAUGUAUUCGAGUCGGGAGGUGCUUGAGGGGAAGUAG